AUGACGGACGUCCGAAUUGCUGCCUUUGCAGACGCCGUGCAAAGAUGGGUAGAAGAGGCAUGGGACGCUGUUAAAGACGAAAAUGAGAAAACACCAUUAAUGGAUGCAUUCAAGAAAGAACUGAGAUUGUGUCGCGACACAAAACUUGUGGAAGGGCUCAGUGAGGAUGGAAAUCUCAUUUUGGAAUUUGACAAGAAGGCGGAGGCUUGGCGGACGAUCGCCAAUCUAUUUGUGAUCGGAGAAUUGUUGCAAAGAGAAGGAGAUCAUUGUCUUCCGUCUUUCGCCGGAUCGCAAAUAGCUGGUUUCAAUCAACAGGUUUUCAAAAAACUGUGGAAAGCUUUUGAGGGAAAGAAGGGUUGGCCGGGGAUGGUCCAAAUUGCCAUCAACAGUUGGCAAAAGGCGAAGGCCCCUGCAAGAGAAGUGGUAUGCAGAGAAGUAGGGAUGAGCUCAAAGGUCUACAAGGUGCUUGGAGUUGGUCAGGGGUUUAUGGAAGAGAGGCAUAGGGGUAUAAUCUCCAACUUGAACCUUGCCGCUUGGUACAUCAGCCUUUGCCGAGAGGUUGGUGUUAUUACUGGGAUGUCAUCUUUGACUGAUGUACUGCAGGGUCACACAAACUUUCCUUUGAAUUUUGCGCAGUUGACUCAGUGGACGGGGGGAAUUGACGUAGAACUUGCGGAGGAAUACAAAGGCACAAGAUGGGAACUGAGUGGUCAUCUGGCACUUUUGAUUAGCCCAAUUGGUUUGCUUCAAACCCGUGGUAUUCGUCAUCUCAGUUUGCACAGGGGGGUGCUCCUGCAGGCUCGUCACCAUUUAGCCCAGAGAGAGCGGCCCGCUAGUCUAAUCGCAGUUGAAGACUUCUUGUGGGAGGGAAUAUUGAAAAUGUCCCGAGCUGAGAUGAAUGGUGACCAACUUUUGGAGGAGUUGGCUCGGUUCGAGGGGUGGAAGCAUGUGUCCGAACAAGAUAUGUUUUUUUUCAAUCUGAGAACCACGAUAGAUGAAAGGGCGGAGGCAAUGCCUGCUCUAGCCAACGUCAGUGUGGGUUCGCUGGAUGCACCGCAUAUUAGCACUACAUCAGAACGCAAUGAGACGAACGACCCAGAGGGUGGCGAGGACGACAACAUAGGACCAGGGCGACGAGCUGAUCGUGAAGAAGUGGAGCAAAUGCUUUUUGCCAUUGACGCAGAGUUGGCUUUAAUAUCUGCACAGAGUACGGCUAUCAAAGGUGACUCCACGGUGGGCGAAGAAGCACAUAAGAGUGGACAAACAUGCGUGGAAUCAAACACAGGUUCCGCUGAGACUUCAAGAGGCUCCAAGCGAUCCGAAGACAUGGGCAAUCCACCCCGUCGCAUAAAACGGAGGUCGACAGAUGUAGAAGAUCAUGAUGCGGAUGAUGAGGGGCAAGAUCUACCUCCGGAACGUCGAUCAACAAAGGGCCGAAAGUCCACAGAUGUAGAAGACGACGCGGAUGACGUGCGUGGCCGGUCGACAGAUGACGAGGACGAGUCAGACAGCUACGCAAAGUUGGUCCAAAGGAAAGCGAGCAAGGAUCGGACGAUGCCAAGGGCGACGAAGAACUUGGCCGUACGACUGGACUUGGAAGAGGGCGCGAUUCGUCUGACUGUGAACGGAAUCCUAAGCGGCGAAAAAUUACACAUCAAGUCCGUAGUUCAGAGGAGCGUAGGAGCCAAGACAGUACGGAUAUCGUAUCAGUAG